GAUAUUUGAUUCUAUCUUGUCUAUUGUCUUAUAUUAUAUUAUACAAUAUGCAUAAAAAAAAAAUUAUAUUAUACACUAUAUAAUGAAAUAAACUGCUUUAGCCCAAGUGUUAAGCUUUGAGAAAAUUUCUUAGAUCUUCAAUCAAACAAAGCUAUUAUGAUGAGAGGAAAAUUCAUCAAUUUCUUUGUCAAUCCAACACCAAAAGAAUGGUCCCUAUUUUCUCUUAGACACCACAAAUCUCAAUCUCAUCAAUUCAUGUCUGUUGUUUCUUCUAAUCUUGUUACAAAUUCAAACAAUCUUUUACCUCAUGAUGAUCCUUCAUGUGAUAAAAUCUUCAAACCAAGUUUCAAUAUGAAAUAUGGAGUCAACACUUUACAUACUAGUAGUUCAGUUGUGGAACAAUCUGAAAGAGAUGUUGUUGAAAAUUUUGUUUGGUUGAAGAUGCAAGAAGAAGCUAAAAUUGAUGUCACUGUUGAACCAAUAUUGUCUAGUUACUAUCAUGUUUCAAUCUUGUCUCAAAAAUCAUUGGAAACUGCUUUGGCCAAUCAUCUUUCAGUCAAACUAAGCAGUGUAAGUCUUCCUAGUACAACACUUUCUGAUCUUUUUGUUGGUGUUUUUGAAUCUGAUAAAGAAAUUAUGGAUGCUAUGAAAAAUGAUUUGAUAGCAGUUAAGGAAAGAGAUCCUGCUUGUAUAAGUCAUGUGCAUUGUUUCUUGAAUUUCAAAGGCUUUUUAGCAUGUCAAGCUCAUAGGGUAGCUCAUAAUUUAUGGUCAAAUGGAAGGAAAGUUUUAGCUGUUAUGAUUCAGAAUCGAGUUUCAGAAGUUUUUGGAGUUGAUAUUCAUCCGGGAGCUAAGAUCGGAAGUGGGAUUUUGCUCGAUCACGCAACGGGGAUUGUGGUCGGUGAAACAGCUAUUAUUGGUAAUGAUGUUUCAAUUUUGCACGGUGUGACUUUAGGAGGGACCGGUAAGGCUCAUGGUGACAGGCAUCCGAAGAUUGGUGAUGGAGUGUUGAUAGGUGCCGGAACUUGUAUCUUAGGGAAUAUUAAGAUUGGUGAUGGCGCGAAAAUUGGUGCUGGUUCGGUCGUGAUUAUGGAAGUUCCUCCAAGGACAACGGUCGUUGGGAAUCCGGCUAAAUUGAUUGGAGGGAAGAAUAAUCCUAUUAAACUUGAUAAAAUUCCUAGUCACACUAUGGAUCAUAUUUCACAUGUUUCUGAAUUUUAUGAUUAUGUUAUCUAGAGUAUAGUCUUGAAAAAAAUAAUUUAUAGUUUGAUGUUUAGAAUUUCGAAUCGAGUUAUCUAAAUUUGGGGGUUCUUGUUUGUUAUGUAAGAGAGAAUCUUUGUUCUCCUGCUAUGUUAAUAAUAAAAAAAAUGAAAAUAAUUAUGCCCUGA